UUCAUCCAAUUGAACUAAAUUUAUUUUGCUUUUUAUUUGACUUGUUUCGUCUACAUUUUUUACAUCUUGGGAAUGGAGUCCUCUUCAGACGAUGAACUAACCGCCAGAUUCUGUUCUCAAAUGGGUAGAGGUAGUAGCGAGGAAACCUCUAAUUCAGACAACACAGGGAUUCGCAGCUUUUAUUUUAAAGAUGAUGAGGAUAAUAAAACGUCAAUCGAUGAUGGCUCCAUGGAAUUUGCAAUGUUUCACUUAGAUAUAUCGUCAUCCCGACCAUCGAGUCCUGAUGAUGUUGGAUGCUUAACAUACAAUAUAAACAAACCGGACACAGAGUUUUUGAAGCGAUUGGAUCAACUGAAAAAAGAAGCGUUUAACAAUUGGCUGGAGGGGAAACUAAAUUUGAAGAAAAAACAGCGAAAAGAAGCACUUUUAGCCGAACAAAGGCUCAAAGAAGAAAAAGAAAAAGAGGAACAAAAACAACAAAUAAUUCGAGAGAAGAAACUGGUUGAAUGGUUGAAUCGAAAGAAGGUGGAAAAGGAACAGUCGUCGGUGGAGCAUCAAAAUCCGAACGAAACUGCGGAGAAAACGACAUUUUUCACCGAAACGAAGGCUGAUCAAACAAAAUUGAAUUUCGAUGCGUGGAAAACCAAAAAAUUGGAAAAGAAAAAAGUUAUCAGGGCAAAAGAACAGAAAGAGGCUCGCGAACAAGAACAGGCCAGAGAACUGCAAAGAAGUAUGUCGUUGGAAAAGCAUAAGAUGUGGUUGAAGACAGCCCACGAGAAGCCGCGACCAGUUCCGUUGAACCAAGGCCUGUUGAGUUUAAGGGGCUCAUUAUAUCCACCAAUCAAUUGCAAUCCGCCUUGGAUUUCGAAUAUAUGAUUGAGGAGGGGUAACCGUUACCCGUUGGUCGAUCUGCAAAAUUUUAUUAGUUAAACUCAAUGAAUUCGGGUCAACAUUCAUUUUAUUGUCGAAUCUAAUAAAGCUUUAUUCAAUUCAA